CUGGUGUGCUGAGUUGGGAGGGAGGCCAUGGACGCUUCGCAGAGAAAAGGGUGCGGAGUGCCGAUGUCUCCCACUCAAAUUCCGAGACCAAGCGAAAAGUAUGGAAAGGAUUCUCGAUUAAGCGAGGCGAAUGGGCACUUAAGCGGCAAGAAUGAUAAGGAGAAGGGAAUCAAUGUUCAAGUAAUUCUUAGAUGCAGACCUUUGAGUGAGGAAGAGGAGAGUUUGAAGAUGCCGGCGAUCAUAUCCUGUAAUGAGAUGACGAGAGAAGUAUUGGCAAUUCAGAAUUUUGGGAACAAACAGAUCGACAGAAAGUUUGUGUUUGAUAAGGUUUUUGGACCAAAAUCUCAACAAUUGGAUUUGUUUAAUCAAUCCAUUUCACCCAUAGUGGAUGAGGUGCUCGAAGGCUUUAACUGCACUAUUUUCGCAUAUGGGCAGACCGGUACUGGAAAAACGUAUACUAUGGAGGGAGGAAAGAAAGCCAAGCACGGGGAAUUCUCCAGUGAUGCAGGUGUAAUUCCAAGGUCUGUUAGGCAGAUUUUUGAAUCACUUGAAGCACAGUGUGUGGAUUACAGUAUGAAGGUUAGCUUUCUGGAGCUUUAUAAUGAAGAGCUAAUAGACCUUCUGGCUUCAGAUGAGUUGAAAUUAUCAGAUGACAAGUCUAAAAAACCUAUAGCUUUCAUGGAGGAUGGGAAAGGAGGAGUCUUUAUUAGAGGACUGGAGGAGGAUAUAGUUUGCUCUGCUGAUGAGAUAUACAAGAUAUUAGAUGCAGGUUCUGUAAAGAGGCACACAGCUGAGACUCUACUUAACAAGCAGAGCAGUCGUUCUCACUCCAUAUUUUCAAUCACAGUUCAAAUCAAGGAGGUUACUUUAGAGGGUGAAGAACUAAUCAAAAUUGGGAAGCUUAAUCUUGUCGAUUUAGCUGGCUCAGAGAAUAUUUUGAGAUCCGGUUCUCGUGAGGGAAGAGCAAGGGAAGCUGGCGAGAUGAAUAAAAGUUUGCUUACACUUGGCCGGGUAAUAAACGCACUAGUUGAGAACAAUAACCAUAGUCCUUACAGAGAGAGCAAACUGACAAGACUACUGAGGGAUUCCUUGGGAGGAAACACAAAGACUUGUAUCAUUGCCACCAUAUCACCCUCUAUUCAGUGUUUGGAGGAGACACUAAGCACAUUAGAUUAUGCAAAUCGUGCCAAAAAUAUAAAGAACAAACCAGAGCUAAAUCAAAAAAUGAUGAAAUCUGCCAUGAUGAAAGAGUUAUGCUCUGAGAUUAAUCGGCUCAAACAAGAAGUAAAUGUUGCAAGAGAGAAAAAUGGAAUAUACAUCCCCAGGGAUCAGUUCCAGCAAGAAAAAGCUAAGAAGAAAGUUGGCAUGGCUCUGGCAGAGAAAAUUGAAAAAAUGGAAUUUGAAUUGGAACAAAAAGAAAAGAAAUUAAUUGGCCUUCAAGAGCUUUAUGAUUCGCGGCAACUUUUGAGUGCACAGUUAAGUGAAAAACUCGACAUUGCGCAGAAAAAAUUGAAAGAGAAUGAAAACAUGAUAGUUGACCAAGAAGAAAGAUGUCAAAAGGCAAAGUGCACAAUAAGGGAAAAGGAUUAUGUGAUAAUGAAUCUCCUUCAUUCAGAAAGGGCGCUUGCUGAACAUGCGCGGGGUCUUCAUUUGGAGCUUGAGCAUGCAGCUGCAGAUAUUUCAGGCUUGUGCGGUAAAAUUGAGCACAAAGAUAAGAUGGAAGAGAGAAACAAGAUUACUGUUCAGAAAUUUCAGUCGCAAUUGACUCAGCAACUGCAUAAUUUACACAAAGUUGUCUUAACCUCCGCGAUGCAGCAGGAGAACCAGCUAAAAAAAAUGGAAGAAGAAAUGCGGUCAUUUGUUUCUACCAAAGCCAAGGCUACUACAGAACUUAUAGGAUGGGUUGAAAAACUGAAAGCUCUAUACGGAUCUGGAAUGGCAACACUGGAUGGUUUGGCAGGAGAACUGGAUCAGAAUUCUCGAAUAACUUUCGGAAAACUGUACUCACAAAUGCUGACAAAUUCUUCUUCUCUUGAUGAAUGCUUCAGAAGUAUUGCUUGGGAGGCUGAGAAUUUGCUGACAGAGCUUGAAAGUAGCCUCUCUAGCGAAGAGGAUAAGUUGAACACAUUUGCCAAGUUGCAACGAGAGGGACAUCUAAGAACUGUGGAGGCAACACGCUCCAUUUCAAUUACGACUACAGACUUCUUCCAUACCUUGGACGUUCAUGUAUCAAAGUUGAACAAAAUUAUUGAAGAAAAUCAGACUGAACAAAACCAACAACUGAGUGAACUUGAGAGGAAGCUUCAGGAGUGUGCUGCUAAUGACGAAGAGCAAUUGCUAGAGAAGUUAGCGGAGUUGCUCGCAAGUUCUAAUUCUCGGAAGAAAAAACUGGUUCAAACAGCAGUUGACACUCUGAGAGUGAGUGCUGUCGAUGGAACAAAUAAUAUACAAAAAGAACUUUCUAAUGCUCAAAAUUUCGCCUCAUUUGUUAAAGAGAAAUGGGCGCUUUACAUGGAAGAAACGGAAAAUCAUCACCUUGAGGAUACUGCUGCAGUGGAAAAAGGAAGAAGCUGCUUGGAAGAAGGCCUGAAGGAAUGCAUGAAAGACGUAAAAAUUGGUUCACUUUUAUGGAAAAAUGCUCAGGAUUCUCUAUCAAGCUUGGCCAAAGGACAUGUAGCAUCAGUGGAGUCAAUAGUUUGGAGUGGAAUGGAAGCCAAUCAGUUAAUAAGGGCAAACUUGUCUUCUGCUGCAACAACUGCACUGGAGCAAGUUGAGGUAGGAAACAAGAGCCUUCAAUCCUCAAUUGAAGGUUCCUUAAAACUUGAUCAUGACGCAUGUGUAAGCGUCAGUUCCUUUACCACCCCAUCUCAAAGGGACCUGUGGAGCUUGAGGAAUGGUCACUAUCAAAAGAUUGUUGAGAUCACAGAUGAUGCUGGGAGAUGCUUAGAACGGGAAUAUAAGAUGGAUGAACCAUCUUCUUCAACCCCAAGAAUGAGGGAUAUCAUCUUGCCAAGUGGGGCAUCCAUAGAAGAGUUGAAAACACCAGCCUUCGAAGAGUUGCUCAAAGGAUUCGGUGAGGCCAAUUAUGCAUGCAAGCAAGAGAAUGGUGAUAUAAAACAUCUAUAUACAGCAUAUGAGGUUCCUUCACAGGCAUUGAGAGAUUAUAGAGUUCCUUUAACUACACAAUAUUAAGUGAGAGCUGAAUACUAAAGUAUCCAGGUCUAUGUACAGAUGAAAGAUUGAGGAAAUUACUAAUAAGUUUAUUGGAAGAAUAUCCUCUUUCAGCUGUUUGGCCUUGAUGGUCAAUGAUGAGUGGCUGGUGCUUGUAGUGAGUACAGUAAUGGACACACCAAGGUGGUGCUGUAGUGGCAGUCCAAGAAUUUCGAAGAAGGCUCAUAGUGUGACAAAUAAUGAGAAACAAGUUUAGAUGCUUGAAUUGCUCAAGUUUUAUUCCAACAAUUGACUCAUAUUUAUACAACUCUAAGAGUUCCUUUAUAUAAAGCAUAGAAAAUUAGAAGCUAUACGAUUAAUUACAUUAAAUUAGUGCACAUGAAUUGAUGAGGUGGCAUUCAUGAACACAUUAAGCAAUGAAGUCGCUAGGCAUAAUUUAUGGAGCACUAAUUUUAAUUAUUAUAAUAUUGAUAUUUAUUAUUCGUUAUGUUGAUAUUUCCCCUCAAUUUUAUGUUGUUUGGUCAAGAAACAUCAAUUUGCUUAUAAAAAAUUGAUGUCUUUGAUUGGCCAAUGCCUUCGCAAAAGAUGUUUGUGAUAAAAGUUUGUAGAGAUAUAAAAAAUGAUUUGAGUAUCAAAGUUUUUGAAUUGUGUGAA